AUGGAAGCGCUGCUCCUUUUUGCUGGGCAAAUUGCUGCCCAUGUUGCUACUUUGACUGAUGAGUCCAGAUUGGAUGAGCUGGAGAUGUCACGAGAAGCUGCGCAGUGUCAGCUCAAUGGUCUCGCUGGCCAUGACAUUACGGUGGAGUCGAUGGGAGUGAAAAGCCAGGUGAUGGGCUUCGAAGUUCUGAAAAAGUUGAACUACUACCAGCGGUUCUAUUUGCACAAAGAGCUGAAGAUGUUGGAAUCCUGGCUUCCCACCUGGAGCCACAUGGCGCCCCAACUCAUCCCAGAAGUGGAGAGUGUUUUGACGGAAGUGUUUGAAGCAUUGGCGAUGGAUUGA